CAUCUUCCUCGGCCCGGGAAGCGCACGCGAACGUUUCUUCUCGCUCACUUUAGCAAUCAAAUCGACUGCACUGCAGAUUUUGGAGUUCAAUCUCUGAUUCCAUACAAGAUUUCGAAGAAGAAAUGGGCAGAAGCCUUGAGAAUCUUUCAUUGGUUGAUGAAAUCCGAUGCUCCCAUGGCGGAAGCUUCUUGUAUGACCUUGGCCAUCCUCUUCUCAAUCGCGUUGCUGAUAGCUUCGUCAAGGCCGCUGGGAUAGGUGCAUUGCAAUCUGUGUCUCGUGAGGCUUAUUUUACGGUUGCAGGAAGUGUUGAUUCGAACAGUGUACCACCGCCUGAAUUAGCGAGCAUUAGAAAGCAACGUUUUCCAGGUCUUAAAGGUGAAACUAAUAAAGAGUCUCUUGAAGCCAUGGUGAAGAGCGUGGGAAAAGAAUCCAUCCAAUGGGGAUUAGCUGCUGGUGUUUACUCUGGUCUCACGUACGGUUUAAAGGAGGCCCGUGGAGCACAUGACUGGAAGAAUAGUGCAAUUGCAGGUGCCAUGACAGGCGUAGCUGUGGCACUUACAUCGGACGAGUCUUCUCACGAGCAUAUCGUACAAUACGCCAUCACUGGUGCUGCUGUGUCGACAGCUGCAAAUAUUUUUGCUGGCAUAUUUUAGGGCCACCAGUAUUGGGAGGCAUGUGUAUGGCCACCGAAGCCAUUUCACAAAAUCCGGGAUGACAUCUUCUCAUAUGUUCAUUCUGUCUUUAAUUAAGAUGACUAUAUGAUGCUUUCUCUCGUUUGGAUUUUUGGUUUGAUAUUAAGUUGCGCCUAAUGCUUCUUCAUUCGUGGACUCCACUUUUUCUUUUCCUUCUUGUUAAGACUAACUAGGAAAUGGUGUUCUGUUUUACGAAUAAAUCUUGGGAUUUUGUGUAGUA